UGAUAUGCCAAUUUAAAAAAAAAAAAACUAAUAAAUAAUAAAUAAAUAAAAGAAUAACAAAACAAAAGAACUGAAGUUAAUGGGGUCAAACACAAACCCAUUCCUAGAUUCACCAAACCCCAAUAAAACCUCGACCUGGAAAGCUCGUUUCCAUUGUUUUUGGUCUUGGGCCUUAGGUCUACCUCCGAAAUCUUUUUUUUUUUUUUAAUCUUUACUUUUUCCUUUCCCUAAGACAGGAAAAAAAAAAUCCCCCAGAAUCAUAUGUAUUGAAACAUCAGAGUUCUGUUCUGUCGGUUAUAAUCUAAGGAAAGAAGAACACUUUCGCUCUUUCCUCGGGCAUCGUUUUCUAUUGAUAUCUAGAGCAUGGGAAAAUCUGCUGCAGAUGAAAAGAUUCUCAGUUACAAUGAUGUUGUGCUCAGGCGAUCAGAUUUGGAAAUCCUCAGUGGUCGAUAUUAUCUGAAUGAUCGAAUCGUUGAGUUCUAUUUCAGUCUCCUAUCUUCAAGUCAUCCUUCACACGACAUCCUAUUGGUUCCACCAUCGAUUUCUUUCUGGAUAACUAACUGCCCUGAUGUUGGUGAUCUCAAAGAUUUUUUGGAACCCCUAAAAUUGCCUGAUAAGAAACUGGUGAUUUUUUCUGUCAAUAAUAACGAUGAUGUAAGCGCAGCUGAAGGUGGAAGUCACUGGAGCUUACUUGCAUAUUGCAGAAGUGCUAAUGUCUUUGUGCAUCAUGAUAGCAAUGGGCAGAUGAAUAAGAGGCAUGCUAUGAGGCUGUUUAAAUCUCUUGUUGGUUAUAUUGGUAGCUCCAGUUCAGACUGUAAUGCCAAGUAUCUAGAAUGCAUCGGUACACCACAGCAAGUCAAUAGUUAUGAUUGCGGCUUGUACGUUACAGCUACUGCAAGAACUAUAUGCUGCUGGUAUGUAAGUAGUGAAAACAAAGAUGCCACUGAUUUGUGGUUUUCUGCUGUGAAGGAGCAGGUGACUCCAUCAGUGGUCAGUGAGAUGAGGAAGGAGAUACUGGGGUUGAUUAAAGAUCUAAUGGCCAAGAAAUGAGAUUUCUUACUUAAUUCAUCAAUUAAAAUAAAAAAAAUGCGGGUCACCAUGCAAGAAGAUGAAGUUCAUAUAACAGAUAUUGCAUGUAUUUCAGGUUUCCCUUCAAAAUCUGAGCCUUGGUGUAUUUUCUGGAAGGGGGCUUAAGCAGGAAGUGAUGGCAGUCAUAUGCAUGCCGAUGUGAUUCAUUUGUUUUUUGUUGUUAAAUAUAUAUAUUUGCAGGAUAUAUAUAUAUAUAUAUAUAUAUAUUUAUACUCUGUUUUUGUGA